AUGCAUAGAGACCUAAAAGCUUCCAACAUUUUGCUGGAUAAAACUAUGGAAGCUAAGAUUGCAGACUUUGGAUUGUCUAGUGCUUUUGCAAAUGAUAUUGAUAGUCAUGUCUCAACUCGUCCUGUUAAAACAUUUGGAUACCUUGAUCCUGAAUUUCAAAAUUCAGGAAACCUUACGAAAAGGAGUGAUAUUUAUAGUUUUGGAAUAAUUCUGUUAGAGCUAAUGACUGGAAAACCAGCAGCAAAUAGACAACCAGACCAUACCUUUAGUCUCCUUCUUCAAUGGGUCACUAUUAGACUUGGAAGCAAGGAUAUUCAGUCUAUCAUUGAUCCAGAGUUACAAGGACAAUAUAGUUCUGAUUCUGCUCCGAAAUUUCUAGAGAUAGCCAUAUCAUGCACUGCACCAUCUGCAAUUCAAAGGCCUGAUAUAAGUCAAGUAGUGGUUGAACUAAGGGAAUGUCUGGCAAUGGAAAUAAGCUUGGAAAAGAUCACUAGCCACAACACCAAUGAUUCAAGCAGUUCCAUGGAUAUGAUCACCUCGAAAUUUGAUUCGGGCUUUAGUACUCUGUCUGGUAGAUAG